CUCAAGGCUUCGGCCGUCGCCUGUCCCGCAAAAAACAACACCUUGCGUCGACGCGCGAACACUCCUAGCUCUUAAUCCGCGCUUCAUAAUUUGCGUGAACAUGGCAUCCCUGGAAGACUACGACGAGUUUGGAAACUACAUCGGUGGCGAUCUCGACUCCGACGAGGAGGUCGACUCCCCGCAACUUGGCUUUGUCGGCGGAGAUGCAUCGGCAGCUGCAUCGACUACCGCGCCGCUCGAAGGAUUUGACGAAGAGCCGGAUGCAGAGGAGAACUCUCUGAUGGAAGUCGACGUGCCGACACAUAACGCGGUCAUCCUUCAUGAAGACAAGCAGUACUACCCGUCUGCUAGUGAUAUCUAUGGCCAGGACGUUGAGACACUUGUCCAGGAGGAGGAUACGCAACCCCUCUCCGAACCUAUUGUCGCUCCCAUCAAGGUUCGAAAAUGGACUGUUGAGGAGAAGGACAUGCCGGAGACCCGUUAUGAUAAGGGUUUCUUGCUCAACAUGACCGCAUUUCCCGAAAUGAUCCGCAACGUCGCAAUCGCGGGCCAUUUGCACCACGGCAAAACCGCACUCCUAGAUAUGCUCAUUUAUGAGACUCACAAACUUGACUGGGACUCCGACAAGCAGCUACGAUACACAGACACCCAUGUGCUCUCCCGGGAACGUCAGAUUUCCAUCAAAUCCCAACCCAUGUCACUGAUACUCGCUACUACGGCCGGGAAGUCCCAUUUGUUGCAUCUCAUUGACACGCCUGGACAUGUGAACUUUGUGGACGAAAUUGCCGCAUCCAUGCGCGUUGCUGAUGGUGUCCUCUUGGUGGUAGACGUGGUGGAAGGGCUCAUGGUUAACACCGAGGCAAUCAUUCGGCAUGCUCUACAAGAGCGUAUCAAGAUAACGCUGGUGGUCAAUAAGAUAGACAGACUGAUCCUCGAGCUGCGGGUCAAACCUGCGGAUGCCUACUACAAAAUCAAGCACACCAUCGAAGAAAUCAACAACUUCAUGGCUGGCAUAAACCCGGACCCGGACCUCCGUCUGAGCCCUGAGCUGGGAAAUGUCGCAUUUGCAAGCACGGACAUGCACUAUUGUUUUACACUGAGGUCCUUCGCACAGAUGUAUGCGGAUACGUAUGGUUCUCUUGACGUUGGCGCCUUUGCCGACAGACUUUGGGGAGACAUCUACUUCAACAACGACACCCGCAAGUUCAGUCGCAAAGCUGUUGAUCCCGAACAGAACCGGUCAUUCGUACACUUUAUUCUCGAGCCUCUUUACAAGCUAUACAGCCAGGUGCUCAGCGAGGACAAGGAGACACUCAAAGAGACCCUGGCGGAGCUCGGGAUCAGCCUCAAGCCUGUGCUGUACAAAAUGGACGUUAGGCCUCUCCUGAAGGUCGUCGUAGAUCAAUUCUUCGGUCGUUCCACUGGACUGGUCGAUAUGAUAACAGAGAAUAUCCCAUCCCCACUCGAAAAUGCUGCCUAUAAGGUUGAGAGCACAUACACUGGUCCUCAACACUCAGAUAUUGCCCGAGCGAUGAAGUCAUGCGACCCAGAAGCUCCUGUGAUGGUACAGAUUUCGAAAUUAUACCACACAACGGAUGCGCAGUCUUUCCGUGCGUUUGGUCGCGUUAUGAGCGGUACUCUGCGGAAAGGCGCGAGCGUCAAGGUACUCGGCGAGGGAUACUCACCGGAAGACGAAGAAGACAUGAUGAUAGCGACCGUUGACGAUCUGUGGGUUAGCGGCGCCAGAUAUUUCGUUCCUAUGGAAGAGGCUCCAGCGGGCAACCUUAUCCUUAUCGGCGGCGUGGAUCUGUCCAUAUCCAAAACAGCUACAAUCUCAGCCGUGGACAUCGAUGACGAUCUUCACAUCUUCCGGCCCAUCAAGCAUAUGACUCAAUCUGUCCUCAAAAUUGCCAUUGAGCCGGUUGCUCCCUCUGAGCUUCCCAAGAUGUUGUCCGGCCUGCGAAGCAUCAACAAAUCCUACCCCCUCGUGGUCACCAAGGUCGAAGAAAGUGGAGAACAUGUUGUGGUUGGAACUGGGGAACUAUACCUGGACUGCGUGAUGCACGACCUGCGCAAGCUGUUCUCGGAAAUUGAGAUCAAAGUAUCAGAUCCAGUGACGAAGUUUUGCGAGACCGUGCUGGAGACCAGCGCAUUAAAGUGUUACGCGGACACACCGAACAAGAAAAACCGCAUCACAAUGAUAGCCGAGCCUCUUGAAAAAGGCAUCGCGGAGGACGUCGAGUCCGGGCGUGUUACUAUGCAGAUGACACCCAAGGAGCGGGGCACCUUCUUCCAGGACAAGUAUCAGUGGGAUCUGCUCGCUUCAAGAUCAAUAUGGGCGUUUGGACCGGACGAUCAGGGCCCAAACAUUCUCUUGGACGAUACCCUCCCUUCGACGGUCGAUAAAAAAUUGCUUGGUGUUGUCAAAGAACACAUUAAGCAAGGCUUCCAGUGGGGCGCGCGCGAAGGGCCUUUGUGCGAUGAACCAAUGCGAAACGUGAAAUUUCGCAUCUUGGACGCAAGCUUAGCACAGGAACCGAUAUUCCGCGGAGGAGGCCAGAUUGUACCGACCGCGCGUCGCGUCUGCUAUUCCUCGUUUCUCAUGGCCACGCCUCGGCUCAUGGAACCUGUUUAUUAUGUUGAGGUUCAGGCGCCAGCGGAUUGUGUUUCAGCAGUGUACACGGUGCUUGCGCGGAGACGCGGACACGUUACGCAAGAUAUCCCCAAAGCUGGAUCGCCACUAUAUACCGUGAAGGCGUUAAUACCCGUGAUCGAUGCCAACGGCUUCGAAACCGACCUGAGGACGGCGACUCAAGGGCAGGCCUUCUGCCUUCAAGUAUUCGAUCAUUGGGCAAUUGUCCCUGGUGACCCAACGGACACAAGUAUCAAACUCAGGCCAUUGGAACCUGCGUCCGGUCAGGCACUUGCCCGAGAUCUUGUCCUGAAGACGCGUCGGCGUAAGGGUCUCGGCGACCAGAUCGCGGUGUCGAAGUACCUGGACGACGAAUUUGUGCUCGCGUUAUCUGCAUCCGGGCACGCCGACUUGCUAGGUUAAAGAAUGCUCCUUCAUGUAAUUGUAGUUUGUGCUGUUACGCGUUAUCCUCUACAUAUU